CAAGUCAGGUUAGGAGAAUUUUUAAAAAGAAAACUACACAUUCAUAAAUCCCCAACCCCCACGCUGAGCUCCCUCCUUCCGACAAAGCCAAACCGAGUGAGGCGCGGGUAAACUGGUACAGUACGCAGAGCUAAGGCUCUGCGAAAACAGGCCCAACAAGCAAAUCUGAACAUGAAGUCAUUUUGUGACAAACUCCAGAUGAUACAGUGUUUGUAAACCUUCACGCCGUCGCCUAUUUUAAGGUACUCCUCUGGGUUGUUUAAAUAUGUUGCAGAUUGUCAAAGAAGCAUGCCAUGAAGCAGAGGUCUACCUUGAAGCAGGCAUUGACGGCUUGAUCAUUGAAAACAUGCACGAUGUCCCCUACUCGUUCAACUUGGGCCCUGAAGUGUGCGCCUGUAUGACUGCGGUCUGCUCUGCUGUCAGACAUGUCUGCCCCACUCUGCCCCUUGGAGUCCAGAUCCUAUCUUCUGCUAACCAGCAAGCGCUAGCUGUAGCUUUGGCUUCAGGUCUGGAUUUCAUCAGAGCAGAGGGUUUUGUCUUUUCUCAUGUGGCGGAUGAGGGUCUUUUGAAUGCCUGUGCCGGGGACCUUUUGAGAUAUCGCAAGCAGAUUGGAGCUGAUGGGGUUCAGAUCUUCACCGACAUCAAGAAGAAGCACAGCUCCCAUGCUCUGACAGCUGAUGUGACUAUAAAGGAGACUGCCCGAGCUGCGGAGUUCUUCCUCUCAGAUGGAGUCGUCAUCACUGGGGCAGCGACCGGAGAUCAGGCUGACCCAUGGGAGCUCACAGAGGUCUCCCAGUCUGUGAAAAUCCCAGUGCUCAUCGGUUCUGGAGUGACAUAUGACAAUGUUGAAAACUUCCUGGAUGCCAGUGGAAUUAUCAUUGGAUCUCAUUUUAAACAUGGUGGCCACUGGGCCAAUGCAAUUGAUCCAGAGAGAGUCAAGAGGUUCAUGGCAAAAAUACAUCACCUACGAAAGCAACAGAGCUAGUUCUCACCACCACUAAGCUGCUGAUUGACAAUAAAGGCAGAUUAGAUUACUUCCUGUUUGUCUGGUUUGUGCUUUAUCAGUUUAGUCCCAUCUAACCAGAGCACCUUCUUCCAGAUGAGGGUCUGCAACCUGCGGCUCCAGAGCCACAUGUGGCUCUUUAUAACAUCCACUGUGGCACUUAAUAACUUUAACCAAAAAUACUAAAGAAUUAAUGCUUUAAAAUGUAAAGGUCUUUAAAAAUGCUAGCUGUUUUCAUGUAACAAUGUAGAGCAUAUUUUUUUAACCCUCCUGUGAUCUUACUGGGAUGCUCAGGAGGAGCGUGGCAGAUGUCACAGUCAGACAGCAGAGAGGAAGAGGGCUGAGGUCCCGUCAGACCGUCAGUUCCCUAAACCACAUACACACA